AUACCUAAAUCGCUGGACUCGUCGUCUCGCUGUGGCCUGUGACGCUCUCGGCCUCUCUCGUCUGUAACUCGUACUCGAAGUGAUUUAAGAUUUUGAUCCAGCUUGUGCAUUUGAUUCCUCUAUUGAGCUUGCUGCCUUAAAGUGCCGUUUAGUUGCUGCCCCUUUGUUGAUUUCAUUUGAUUUGCUUAAUCUAUCUUUCAUUAUGUCUGCUGCUGGAGAAGAGGAAGAGAAUGCUGCAGAUCUGAAAAUAGGCGAUGAGUUUCUGAAGGCCAAAUGUUUAAUGAAUUGCGAAGUCUCCUUGAUUCUUGAACGCAAAUAUGAUCAGCUUCAGCAGAUGUCAGAAGAUCCAAUGAAUCAAGUUUCUCAAGUGUUUGAGAAAUCCCUGCAAUAUGUGAAGCGUUUCAGUCGCUACAAGAACCCAGAUGCUGUUAGACAAGUUCGAGAGCUACUGAGUGGAUACCAGUUAGCAGAAUUUGAGCUUUGUGUUCUUGGAAAUCUUUGCCCUGAAACUGUGGAGGAAGCCAUUGCUAUGGUCCCGUCUAUCAAGUCGAGGGGACGUGUACAUGAUGAUGAGGCUAUUGAGAAAAUGCUGAAUGACAUGUCGUUAAUAAAGAAGUUCGAGUAGUCUCUAUUCUCUCGUUUCUGCCCUCGUUACCAAGGUUGCAAGUUAUGGACUUUGUGUUUUCUAUGUGACGUUGCACGAAUCAUAUUAAGCGGAACUGUUGGAUAUAAUGCAUUCGGCCGUUGAUAGUAAAACUUGUUCAGAGCAGAAAUUUUCGAACCCAAAACUAUAAUGCUACAGUGAAUUGUAUCAAGUGUAUUGAAGGUUGUAUUUUAGUGCUUUUAUCUAUAUUUUUAUGUAC